AUGAUGUCACUUGGUUGUACCAUUGAAUUAGAUAAACUGGUCCAACAGAUCAAAAAACCACUUCCGGCUCUUAUCGGAAUGGCAUUACAGUUUAUAGUCUAUCCAUUAGUGGUUUUCGGCUUGGUUCAUGCAUUUCAGCUUGAUCAAUCAUCUUUCCUAAUUGCCAUGCAAUACUCUCAGAAUGCUGGAUACUAUACACACUGCGUUUGUAUGACAUCAUUGGCGACCACACUUGCUGUAGGUAUGAUGCCGUUGAAUCUAUAUAUAUACUCCAGCAGUUUUUCGACCCAUUGUUUGACAAUUCCUUACGUCAAAAUAGCUUCUGGUCUGGUCCUUAUUUUGAUACCAGUAUCUGUAGGAAUGCUUAUCCUCAGAAAGUUGCCGAAAGUUGCAGCAAAUGUUGUCAAUGUAAGUUUAAUCUCUAGAUACUACUUCCAGGUAUCAACUUUUAUAUCUAUCCACAAAUGUUUGACGCAGGAUGGAAGUUAUGGUGCUCAGCAUCACUGA